AUGCUAGAGCGCACGUCGGCAUGUCUCGACACUGGAGUUCGCUUCUCUUUGCGCCAGAAGAGUCUGUUCCCCAAAAGUCGCCGACUGCUCCACUCGUCCUUUUGGUCAACCAACGCUCCUGAUGUCGAUCACCUCUGCCUCUAUCCCAAGCCCGCCUCGUCUCCUUCCGCCUCGUCCGACUCCCACGAUGCUGCUCUCUUCCUCGACUUCCUCUAUCCCGCUCCCACCCAGGCUUUCAUGACCCGCCUGUCUCAAUGGGAAAGACUGUCUCGCAAAAACACUCGCCCCGGCGUGCUAAGAGGUUACUCCUCCUUCACCGCUUCGAAAGACUCUCCUCCCUCCUCGACUUCCCCUUCUCGUGCUCAUCAAGAGCUUCUCGCCUUGCUGGAAUCCUCUAGCCCUGACAAAUCUUUCCUACUUCUAGACAUCGAACGUGCUUGGAAUCUCCUGUCACAAAUCUCUGAUCCCUCUUCCGACCUCCUUUGUCGUGCCAUUGAUUGGUUCUCCAAUAUUGACGACAAAGUCGCCGCCCAACACGCUGUUGACCUCUUUUCCGACCUGCCUGGCACACUCAAGUCACCCGCCGUCUAUGGAAACGCAAUUCGCUCAAACUUGAGACUUGGUAGGCAGCUUGAUGCCGUUGCCCUACACAAAGAAGCCUCUGUACUUCCAACAGCAGGUCCCAUUGCUUCGGAUCAUCUUAUGGCCCUUGCCGUCCGCCAGGCAGACUGGCCUUUGGCUGUAACUAUUUUGAAAGAGUGGGAAACAUACAAUGCCACGGUCUGCCAAAGAGGCCAUACUCCUCUCUUCGACAGAACUCUUACGAAGCUGCGGAAGAGUUUGACAGAGUUGCAUCAUCUCCGUAAGGACGGAAACAAGGACGACUUUACGCCAGACUUGCACCGUCUUUAUGGCCUUUUGUUGCAUCGAUACAUUUUGUCUCAAGCAAGGGAACCUGUCUUCGUCAGGCAUGAUUUUGCUUCUAAUCUCACGCAUGAAUACGACCUGGCCUCGGCUGAACUGUAUGAAAACAUCCUCUUCACGCUUUUGAACUUGGAGGGAUGUGCCACGAAUCAUGAAUGCAGUGCUAUUUCUGGUUUCUUUGCACCCACCAAGCCGCUGCUCAUAGGAGUCACGAAGUUCUGGCGCGCUCACAACCUUGCCUUCGCCGGAAAAGGUCCUGGUGAAAAUUUCAUUGGAAAAGACAGCAUUUUAGACGAUUGGAAUAAACACCAUCAGCGGCCCAGCGACGAAGCUCUUGUAAUCAUCAUGGACACCUUCGCUCAACGCGGUUUAGUCGAAGCCGUCAAGGAACAUGCAGAUCUUUACAAGUCUUUUCAUGCAAAGGGCGAUCUGGAUGCCUCAUAUCUUCGGCCUCUUCUCACUGUGCAUGCAGUCAAUCGCAAGCCUUCACUCGCCAUUCAACAGUUACACAACAUGCAAAGCGAAUAUGGCGUCUCACCAAAUCUCAAAUGCUGGAAUAUUGUUCUACAUGCGUUCACACGGGUCGACGAUUUGCCACAAGCCAUGAAAAUCUUCCGUGAGAUAUUGGACUCUGGACUACGGCCCAACGGAGACACUUACACCUCACUGCUCAAUGCAUAUGCCAAACAUGGAGACAUCGAUAGCGUUAUUGAUCUGCUCAAUUUUGCAAGAUCUAAUGGUGCGACGAGACCUACCACCAAAAUGCUGAAUAGCAUGAUUGUUGCGCUGGCUCGCACUUCUGAGAUGGACGGCGCUCUGAAGGCUUUGGAUCAGACUGUGCAAGCUGUACAGAAAGGUAGGGUGGAUGGCUCUCUAACUCUCUGUUUCAACACUGUGCUCACUGCCUUUGCGUGGAAACGCGACUUGAAAGCCACUAUGGCAAUUUAUCGUCGCAUGCAGGAGGAGAAUGUGCCCCUUGACGAGAGAUCGUAUGGAGCUCUAAUGCUAGUCCUCUGCCUGUUCCGUCAAUCACCAUCAGCACAUAAGAUUUUGAAAUCGGUCAUGCCUGCGCACGGCAUACGACCUCUGGCUUUCCACUAUGCUAUUCUCACGAAUGGCUAUCUAGGUCAGGAGCUCUACUCUGAAGCAAUCAAAGUCGAAACAGAAAUGAAGGAGGCACGCGUGCGAGAGACGGCUAGCAGUCGAGCUGUUGCGACAAAGGCAAAGGCACUCUACCAACAUAGCAUCACAAGAGAUCAGACGAACGAGGACGGUCACUUGUCACCGCUAAAGGAUGUAAUCGAAGACUUCCAGAAGGUGUUAGACGAUGUGCGGGUCUUGCGUCAUGGCAUGCAACCCGAACCACGCGGACUUGAAACCUUGGAUAUAAGCUACUUGAUCUUUAUCCAUGGCCGGCGCAGGUCAUUCGAGGCUGUUCAGCAUUUGUUCCAGAUGUUUCAAAAGAAGCUCGCAGAAAUUGACACUGACCAUAGUCAAGCACCAAUCGUGCUUCUGCUUACAAACCUCAUGUUCGUCCACACGCAAGCUCAAGAAUGGGCUGAGGUUGAUAAAUACUGGGAUCUCAUUAAGUCCAGGGUGGACGAGGCACGUCUUUCGCAUAUUCCAGCAGCAAAGUUGGUGCAGUCUAUUCAAAAAGGUCAGACUGUUCGGACUGCACGCGAUGCAGAGACCGCUCGAGUACCCGCGUCUUAUCGCCAGGUGUUGUCGCUGCCCCUGCAGUAUUACAUCCGCUCUCAAUUUGCGCAGUCAUCAACCAGGAAGCUAAUUCCCAUGAUCAUGAAAUUGCUCGCGCAAGGCUUUCAGUUUGCCAACAAGACCUGGAAUGAGCUCAUUGUACAACUCUGCCAGACUAGCCCUCCGCGUGCAUUGCUUGCCUACACAUUGGUCGAGAAGUACAUGAUGAAGGAUUGGCCGGGUUGGAUCUCUUAUCGACACGGAGCUAUACGCAAACCAGAUACGGUCUUUCUCAAGAAGCAAACCCGUAAAGAAGGACUCGAUUACAUCAACGCGCGAUACAUUAACAAGGAUCAAAUCAUUCCACAGUAUCGCACAAUGGUGCACCUGGCCAAUGCACUGUUGGAGGUACGUGGUCUGACUAGUCGUGGCCUCGGGGAGGAUCACAAUGAGGCAGGACUUGGCUUGCGCGAGUUGAGGAGACAGGUUGGAACAAUUCCUGAAAUUCGAGAAAAGGCGCCCAAGACAUUACACGCUAUACAUAGCAUGCCUAGGAUUGUGGACGAGCUUCAGGGACGUUUGCUUCGUGCGCAAUAA